ACUCCAGACAGCAGAUGGCGAUGAGCGUCUUUCAGGUGAUGAUUCUUCCGUGACGUAUAAUGGACUGGCCGGGACCCUUCUUCAGGAACAACAAGGCGCCAACUCUUCCAACCACGUCGGUAGCUUGCUAGCCAACAUAAAAGUGAAAGAUUGACGCUUUAGACCAUGUUAAUGUACAUUAUCUAAUCUCAGUGUUUUAAACACAGUUCUGUUGACGUAUUAACUGGUUAACUGUAACCUAAUUUGCAAACUUGUUAAAGAUUGAUGCUGAGCCUAGCACUAGGCUAGUCGCUAAUGCUAACUAGCUAGCUAACAUCCCUGACCAUGAGCUCAUUAAAGUACUCAUCCCCUGCUAAAGAAGAGGAGGUCUGCUGUUUGGAGAAAGAAGUUCUGGCGCUGAACAUUGAAGAAGAGGAUGAGGUUACAGUGAAAGAAGAGAAAGAAGCUUUUAGAAUGAAAAAGGAGGAAGAUGAGGCUGUUAUAGUGAAGGAAGAAGAUGCUGUUAUAGUGGAAGAACAUUUCAGAAUGAAAAAGGAGGAAGAGGAGGCUGUUAUAGUGAAGGAAGAAGAUUUCAGAAUGAAAAAGGAGGAAGAGGAGGCUGUUAUAGUGAUAGAAGAGAAAGAACCGUUUAGAGAGGAACAGGAUGAUAUCUCAAUAAAGGUGAAGGAGGAAGACGUUUUUGGAGUGAAAGAGGAAGAGACAGAAUAUCAGAUUAACACCAGAGAGAGACAUGACUAUGGUGGAUCCUCUGGGGAGCCUCAACAACAUCCUGAUGCUGACGAGGCAGAGAAGAGUCUCUCCAGAUCAGAACACCAGAUGGUACAGCUUGGUCUGGACGAGCAAACAGCUUUCUCUCGCUUGUGGGCUGGGUUUCUGUAAAGCACUUUAUGACAACAGUGACAUCAGCAUCCAUAAUGAUGUGCGUCUGUGUCCCCUCUUUAUGGUUAGCAGGACAACACUUGCCCUUCCUCCCUCCCGGAGUCCC